GCAACGCCACAUCAAGUAUAGAUUUCGAACACACUUAAAGAUUUAAAAACUUUACAUUUUAAACUACAAGUACAUACAAUAUGACUUGAGAUCGUAAUUUAGCUCAUUGGAGGAAUCGGACAUCUGUUCCUGAAGAAAGAGACCGGUACUCGCUCGUCUCGCUGUGUCCACUAGAGGCGCUGUAACAUUAACACAUCAUCUACGAGAGCCGUUCAAAACAUCCGGUGGAGACGAGUUGAAUCUUUAUUUGUGACGGAUUCAGGUGUUCUCCAGCGGUGGCCAUGAGUGACGGUCAUCCUCUGCGGUCCGUGAGCUCUACAGCUGAGAUCGAUCACCUCCACCUGCUGUCAGAGCAGUUGGGUGCUUUAGUUCCCAGUGAGGAGUACAGUGAUGUCACCUUCAUAGUGGAGGAGAAGCGCUUUCCUGCGCACAGAGUCAUUCUAGCAGCCCGCUGCCAAUAUUUCAGAGCUUUGCUAUAUGGAGGACUUCGAGAGUCCAGACCCCAGGCUGAGGUUCGGUUAGAGGAUACGCACCCAGAGGCUUUUUCCAUGUUGUUGCGGUACUUGUACACGGGUCGAGCCACCCUAAGUGAAGCCAGAGAAGAUACUCUGCUGGAUUUUCUCGGCCUGGCGCAUCGUUACGACCUCCAACCACUAGAGACCUCCAUCUGCGAGUUUCUCCGCACUUUAUUGACCACGCGAAAUGUGUGUCUGGUGUUUGACGUGGCCAGUCUUUACUGUCUUAGCGGGCUGGCCGAGGCCUGCUGUGCAUACAUGGACCGGCAUGCCACCGAUGUGCUGAAGUCCGAAGGCUUUCUUUCUCUUUCAAAGUCUGCCCUGCUGACCGUCGUAAAGAGAGAUUCGUUUGCCUCCACCGAAAAAGAAAUCUUUCAGGCCCUCUGCCGAUGGUGUCACCAAAACGGCGACGGUCCAGAAGCGAAGGAAGUGAUGUCAGCAGUGCGACUGCCUCUGAUGACCCUUUCAGAAAUGCUGAAUGUGGUUCGUCCAUCGGGCCUCCUCAGCCCAGACGAUCUGCUUGAUGCCAUACAGACCCGCUCGGAGAGCAGAGACAUGGACCUCAACUACCGUGGGAUGCUUAUUCCAGAGGAGAACAUUGCCACUAUGAAGCACGGUGCUGCGGUGGUAAAGGGCGAGCUGAAGUCUGCUCUCCUGGAUGGAGACACACAGAACUACGAUCUUGACCACGGCUUCUCAAGACAUCCUAUAGAAGAAGAGGGUCGAUCCACGGGCAUCCAGGUCCGCUUGGGUCAGCCCUCCAUCAUCAACCACAUACGUCUGCUACUAUGGGACAAAGACAGUAGGUCAUACUCGUAUUAUGUUGAGGUGUCUAUGGAUGAACUGGACUGGGUACGUGUUGUGGAUCACUCCAAGUCCCUGUGUCGCUCUUGGCAACACCUUUAUUUCCCAGCACGAGUCUGCAGGUUCAUCCGUGUCGUGGGGACACACAACACUGUCAACAAAGUCUUUCACUUAGUGGCUCUGGAAUGCAUGUUUACGCAGCGAUCUUUCACCUUGGAGAAAGGCCUUCUGGUUCCCACAGAGAACGUGGCGACCGUACAGGCGUGCGCUAGUGUGAUAGAAGGCGUGAGUCGCUGCAGAAACGCCCUGUUGAAUGGUGACACCAGCCAUUACGACUGGGACUCGGGGUACACCUGCCACCAGCUGGGAUCCGGAGCCAUCGUCAUCCAGCUGGCGCAACCAUACAUGCUGGGUUCGAUACGGUUGCUGUUGUGGGAUUGUGAUGAGAGAAGCUAUAGCUAUUAUGUGGAACUGUCUACAAAUCAGCAACACUGGGUGAAGGUUGUCGACCGUACUAAAGUUGCGUGCAGGUCCUGGCAGACUCUGGUGUUUGACAGACAGCCUGCGUCCUUUAUACGUAUUGUGGGAACUCAAAACACUGCUAAUGAGGUGUUUCAUUGUGUUCACUUUGAGUGCCCCGCACAGAUGGACACAAUUGUCAAAGAGGAAAGUCCUGGACCGGAUCAACCCAGUCCAGACUACAGGAGGGAGAAUCCUGUAUCUCAGAACCCAAUGAACGAUAAACCUUCCUCCUCCUCUUCCUCCUCACGCACAUAGACUGUGGUUGCAUUCUGUGGUGUUCACGUGCAUAAGUAUGACAAAACACACUUAAGUCGCUCAUCUUAUGGGUUUGUAAUCUAAUGUGCUGCUAAUGAAAGUUUCUGUGUAUUUAUGAUGAAAAAAAUACUUGAGUUUAUGCUUCUAAUUUGAUGGUUGAGGUUCAUGACUGUCACACACACACACACACACACACUUAUUUUCCUAUGUUCUGAUAACUGCAAGAACAUAAAAAUAAAUUGAAGUAUCAAAUACUUA